GAAACUCUCACCCAAUACACAAGAACAAUCCUGUAUACUCAACGGAAGCUGCACUUGUCUUAAUCCAAUCAAAGAUGGUGUCUACAGGUCGAUCAAGUACUGUUCCUCCGCCUUCAACUUCAUCUCCCGCUCAUUCAGACUCUUUCAUACGACCCAGGCAGCCAAGCCUUGACCUGGAACGCGAUAUUCUAUCCACACGUGGCCAGCGCCUUGCGGGCUUGAUACGACGGCGCUCCUUAUCACUCUAUGAUUCCGACGGCUUUGACGAGAGCGACCGAUGGGAUGAGUCAAUUGCCCCCCGAGAGCGUAUGGACCGACCUGCCUUCGAACGCGCGAAGCGAUUGAUUGGCGACAGAAGCCCCUUUUAUCGAUGGCAAUCUUUCUACCGCCAUCCAGCCACUUUGCAAGGCUUGCCACUGCCGCUACGACAAUACUACGAACGCAACAAUGACCUCAUCUCCCAAUACGUUUACAUCGACCGAUUGUUGGACUCGUCCUUGCCACACCGCUUGAUAGUCGAUUACCAUAAACCUUGCGGCUUGUUGGGACCGACUUCUGCAUAUACCAACAAUGGCAGCAGCACACGGGAGUCCGAGCCGAACACCGUUCCUGAUAAUGUUUUGGACCCUAGUAAUGAUACGGCUAAAAUCAAGCGAACCCCACGCAAUCUCUAUCGCAUUCCCAAUGAAGGCACCCCUCUUCUAUCACCACCGCUGGAAGAUAAUGUGUCAGCACGGCCUGAUAUCAUGCCCAAGCACGACGAGUAUGUGGAAAGCGGAGAUAGAAUAGUCACCAUCGCCAUCUAUGUCAACUUCAUCGCCAAUAUAAUACUAUUGGCUGCCAAAAUCGUCGUCAUGUCAAUGACAAGCUCUCUCUCAGUGCUUGCGAGCUUAGUUGACGCAGCAUUGGACUUCCUCAGCACUGCCAUUGUUUGGGUGACCACCAGUUUGAUUAACCGACAGGACCGCUACCGGUAUCCUAUCAGUCGACGCCGGUUGGAGCCACUGAGUGUUCUCGUUUUCGCAGUCGUUAUGAUGACAUCUUUCGUUCAAGUGGCACUGACAUCUUUGAGUCGGUUGCUAUCGUCAGACCACUCAGUGGUAGAGCUCACGAUACCGUCUAUCGCAGUCAUGGCCAGUACGGUGGUUAUCAAGCUGAUUUGCUGGUUCUGGUGCCGGUUGAUCAAGAACUCAAGUGUCCAGGCUCUGGCGCAAGACGCCAUGACAGACGUAGUUUUCAACCUAGCGAGUAUCUUAUUCCCUCUAGUUGGCUCAUUUACCAAUACUUGGUUCAUUGAUCCCCUCGGCGGUUUGCUCCUCUCCUUAUAUGUUAUCUGGAAUUGGAGUGGCACGGCCAGCGAGCAUAUCGGCCACCUUACCGGCGCCGCUGCAUCCCCGAAAGAUCACAGCAUUUUUCUUUAUAUGACCAUGCGUUUCUCCAAGGCUAUCCUGAAGAUUCAGGACUUGAAAGCAUAUUACGCCGGUGACAAGCUUAACGUCGAGAUUGAUAUCGUGCUCGAGCCCAAAACGAGAUUGCAGGAUAGCCACGACGUGGGGGAAAGCCUGCAGUACAUGAUCGAGAGCGUUCCGACCGUGGAUCGAGCUUUCGUUCAUCUGGAUUAUGACCCAUGGAACAUCCCCAGCCAUAUGAACCAGCAAGAGGCAUAGAUACCUGUUUAGGGUAACAUGUAAACAACCCGGCCGGCGUAUUCUAUCGUCCAGACGGAUAUGAAUGAAUCGAGCCUGUGCAUCGGGUUGGCUGAGUGUAUCUAUCUAUGGGAGUUGUCUAGAACUGGAAUUGAAUACGAGUAUCCUGUUGGUCUGCUGCAGAUGACCUGUCAGAUUCCGCCCAUCAGAUAAGGAUAAUCAAGGGGCGGAUGCCCUCCG